UUUCUAAAAGAAUUAUCUGAAAAUAAUACUACGUCGUUUUUAAGCUCUAAUGAAGGCCUCAAAAACCGCAUAGCAUAUCUUUAGGAAUUUCUUCCUUCUCUCGUCCUCAAAUCCUCAUACCGCUCACCCUCUAUCGGAGUUGUUUUGCAUUCUGGAUUCCGAUAUAUCCACAACCAAUGGCAUCAACUGUUUUGCAUAUUGUGAAUAGUACUUUGGAGUGGGUUACACUGGCUUUGGAUACUCCAUCUGCUCGAGCUGUUGUUUUUGGCGUUCAUAUUGGAGGACAUCUUUUUGUGGAGGGUCUUCUUCUGGUUGUCAUUCUUUUCCUACUAUCACAAAAAAGUUACAAGCCCCCUAAACGGCCAUUAACAAAGAAGGAAAUAGAUGAGCUAUGUGAAGAAUGGGUUCCAGAGCCCCUUAUUCCUCCCAUUACAGAAGAGAUGCAAUACGAGCCACCUGUAUUGGAAAGUGCUGCUGGGCCACAUACAAUAAUCAAUGGCAAAGAAGUUGUGAACUUUUCUUCAGCUAAUUAUCUUGGAUUAAUAGGGCAUGAGAAAUUACUUGAGUCUUGCACCUCUGCAUUGGAAAAAUAUGGUGUUGGUUCAUGUGGUCCUCGUCAGUUCUAUGGCACUAUUGAUGUCCACCUUGAUUGUGAGGCUAGAAUAGCGAAGUUUUUGGGAACUCCUGAUUCAAUUCUCUAUUCGUAUGGACUUUCCACCAUAUUCAGCGCAAUUCCAUGUUUCUGCAAAAAAGGAGACAUAAUAGUUGUUGAUGAAGGAGUCCACUGGGGAAUACAAAAUGGCCUUUACCUUUCUAGAAGCACCAUUGUGUAUUUUAAACAUAAUGACAUGGAAUCACUACAAAACACGUUGGAGAAAAUAACUGCUGAGAAUAAGCGUGCUAAACAAUUGCGUCGCUACAUCAUUGUUGAAGCAAUAUACCAGAAUUCUGGCCAAAUAGCACCAUUAAAUGAGAUUAUCAGAUUGAAGGAGAAAUAUCGCUUUCGUGUUUUGUUGGAUGAGAGCAACUCAUUUGGAGUCCUCGGCAGAUCCGGAAAAGGUCUAACUGAAUACUAUGGUGUUCCAGUUGACAAGAUAGAUAUUAUAACUGCAGCAAUGGGGCAUGCUUUAGCCACUGAAGGGGGAUUCUGCACUGGAAGUGCAAGAGUCAUUGAUCACCAACGACUGAGCAGCUCUGGAUAUGUCUUUUCAGCUUCUUUGCCUCCAUAUCUUGCAAGUGCUGCAAUUACUGCUAUUGAUGUCCUGGAGGGUAAUCCUGCUCUAGUAGCCAAGCUGAAAGAAAACAUUGCUAUAUUGUGGAAAGGAUUGUCAAACAUACGGGGUCUCUCUAUAGCAAGCCAUCCAGAAUCACCUAUUGUUUUUCUGAGACUUGAGAAGUCCAAAGGUUCAGUAAAAGAUGACCUAAAACUCCUUGAGCAAAUUGCUGAUUGUGCCUUGAAGGAAGACUCGGUGUUUGUAGUAGUUACCAAAAGAUCAACACUUGAUAAAUGCCGUUUGCCUGUAGGAAUCAAAUUGUUCGUAUCAGCUGCUCAUUCAGAAUCUGAUAUGUUCAAGGCAUGUGAAUCCUUGAAGAGAUUUACAGAAUCGUUGCUGAGUAAUUAUAACUGAAUGUUGUGUUAGAUAAUUUCUGUCUGUAUCUGUACUGUGCCAGAUCAGAUCAGAUAUGGACUGGCAUUCUUCCUUUGAACAUUGUUAGAAAGAAUUUCAGUAUGAGAGGUCAGUAGAUAUUGAUAGUUUAUGGAAUUUUCGUUAGAUCAAAUGCCGUACUGGAUUGAUGAGUAACAAAUGGUUAAAUUUUAUCUAUGAAUGGUUGUAAUUUUCAA